UUAGCUUUUAUAUUCAAAGCAUUGAUGUUGAAAGUUGAGUAACCAAAACAAUGGCGCAAAUGAUCGGGGCAGACGAGAUUGAAUCACUGAGAAUCGAGCUGGCCGAGAUCGGACGAAGCUUAAGAUCGUCGCUUCAGCGUCGAAACAGUUCCAGUUUCAGAAGCAUUAAUUCGGCCAACGACGACGGCGACGAUGUUGCCGAAGCAGAACGAAUAGCUCUGCAGUGGACGGCCAUUGAGAAACUUCCGACGUUUGAGAGGCUGAGGUCGUCUCUAUUCGAUACGGAAAAUAAUGGUAACCGUAACAAUGAUGAUGGCGAUGAUGAAGCGAAAAGGGUGGUUGAUGUUACCACGCUUGGAGCUCAAGAACGACAUCGUUUCAUUGAGAAACUUAUCAAACACAUUGAGAGCGAUAAUCUCCGUCUCUUGAGAAAAAUCAGAACUAGGACUGACAAGGUUGGUGUGAAGUUGCCCACUGUAGAGGUGAGGUAUAAAAACCUGAGAGUAGAAGCAGAAUGUGAAGUGGUUCAUGGAAAGCCAUUACCAACUCUGUGGAAUUCUCUUAAGAGCUUGAUGUUUUCUGGGUUUGCAAAGAUGCCAGGUUUGCGGUCAGGUAAAGCAAAGAUAAGCAUAUUUAAUGAUGUUAGUGGCGUCAUAAAGCCUGGAAGGUUAACUCUUCUGCUUGGUCCCCCGGGAUGUGGGAAGACAUCUUUGCUAAAGGCUCUAUCAGGGAAUUUACAAUCAUCCCUCAAGUUAACAGGGGAGCUUUCUUACAAUGGAUACAAACUAGAGGAGUUUAUCCCCCAGAAAACGGCUGCUUAUAUAAGUCAAUUUGAUCAGCACAUCCCUGAUAUGACUGUAAGGGAAACACUGGACUUCUCAGCCCGUUGUCAGGGUGUUGGAAGCCGAGCUGAGAUUAUGAUGGAGGUCAGUAGAAGAGAGAAAGAGGCAGGGAUUGUACCAGAUCCUGACAUUGAUACUUACAUGAAGGCCAUUGCUGUUAAGGGACUAAAACGAACUCUCCAAACAGACUACAUACUGAAGAUCCUUGGGCUCGAUAUCUGUGCUGACACUUGGGUUGGAGAUGCCCUGAGAAGAGGCAUCUCUGGUGGUCAAAAGAAAAGAUUGACAACAGGGGAGAUGAUUGUUGGUCCAACAAAAGCUUUAUUCAUGGAUGAGAUAACAAAUGGCUUAGACAGUUCCACUGCAUUUCAGAUUGUUGCUUGUCUUCAGCAGUUGGUGCACAUCACAGAAAGUACAGUACUUGUUUCACUCCUUCAGCCUGCACCAGAAACAUACGAACUCUUUGAUGACCUCAUUUUAAUAUCAGAAGGGAAAGUUGUGUACCAUGGUCCUCAUGAUCAUGUUCUUGAAUUUUUUGAGGAUUGUGGAUUUAGGUGUCCAGAAAGGAAAGGAGUAGCUGAUUUUGUCCAAGAGGUAAUCUCUAAGAAAGAUCAAGAGCAGUACUGGCACUCCACUGAGAAAGCUUUCCGCUAUGUAUCAGUGGAUGAUUUCUCCAAUAAAUUUAAGGCAUCUCGUUUUGGGAAGAAGCUAAAUGAGGAACUCUCACAGCCUCAUGAUAAGUCUCAAGGCCACGAGAAUGCUCUUUCAUUCAGUGUGUAUUCCCUCUCUAAAUGGGAGCUUCUUAGAGCUUGCGCAUCAAGGGAAUAUCUUCUCAUGAAGAGAAAUUCUUUUAUUUACAUAUUUAAAACCACCCAGCUCAUCAUCAUUGCUUUCAUCACGAUGACUGUGUUCUUGAGGACUAGAAUGGAAGUUGAUGUUGUUCAUGCUAAUUACUAUAUGGGUUCUUUGUUCUAUGCUCUAAUCAUACUUCUUGUUAAUGGAAUUCCUGAGAUGGCCAUGACCAUUCUAAGGCUUGAGAUUUUCUACAAACAGAAGGAAUUGCGUUUUUACCCAGCUUGGGCCUAUGCAAUUCCAGCAUCUCUAUUGAAGAUCCCUCUUUCACUUUUGGAAUCUUUUGUUUGGACUAGUCUUACUUAUUAUGUGAUUGGAUACAGUCCCGAGGUCCACAGGUUCUUCCGACAAUUUUUUAUGUUUUUUUCUGUUCACUUGGCAUCACUGUCCAUGUUCCGUUUCUUAGCAUCAUUCUUUCAGACUAUGGUUGCUACAAUGACAGCUGGUAGUUUCACAAUAUUGUUUGUGUUACUCUUUGGCGGAUUCGUUAUCACAAAACCUGCAAUGCCGGUUUGGUUGAAGUGGGGUUUCUGGGUUUCGCCCAUGACAUAUGGAGAAAUAGGCCUAACUGUAAAUGAAUUUCUUUCACCACGAUGGAAAAAGAUGUAUUUAUCUACAAAUACUACAUUGGGAGAAGAAUCACUUAAAAGUCGUGGACUGAAUUUUGAUGAAUAUCUUUAUUGGAUAUCACUUGGUGCCUUAUUUGGAUUCUUUAUACUUUUCAACGUUGGAUUCAUAUUGUCUUUGAGUUUCUUAAAGUCUCCUGGAUCGUCAUCUGGUGCAAUUAUUUCACAAGAAAAGCUUUCCCAACUUCGAAGAAGUGAAAGUUCCAACAAUGGUGCUCAUGAGAAAGAACAUUCUAAAGUUCAGACACCUAAAACAAACAUUCAAACUGAUAAAAGCAUGGUCUUACCAUUUACUCCAUUGACAGUAGUGUUUCAGGAUGUGCAAUAUUAUGUUGACACCCCAUUGGAAAUGAGGGAACGAGGAUUUACUGAGAAGAAACUCCAACUACUAGCUGAUAUUACAGGUUCGUUUAAGCCUGGAGUUCUCACUGCAUUGAUGGGAGUCAGUGGGGCAGGGAAAACUACUUUGCUUGAUGUUCUAGCUGGAAGAAAAACCACUGGUUACAUAGAAGGGGAUAUUCGAAUUGGUGGGUAUCCUAAAGUUCAAGAGACAUUUGCCAGGAUUUCAGGAUACUGUGAGCAGACUGACAUACAUUCACCACAAAUCACUGUAGAAGAAUCUGUCAUUUUUUCAGCUUGGCUGCGUCUAGAUUCUAAGAUUGAUGCUAAAGCUAAAGCUGACUUUGUGAAUGAAGUUCUUGAGACAAUUGAACUUGAUGGAAUAAAGGAUGCCUUAGUAGGAAUACCUGGUGUUAGUGGUCUUUCGAAUGAGCAGCGCAAGCGGCUUACAAUAGCUGUGGAGCUUGUCUCCAACCCAUCCAUAAUCUUUAUGGAUGAACCUACAACUGGUUUGGAUGCAAGAUCAGCUGCAAUAGUCAUGCGAGCAGUAAAGAAUGUUGCGGAUACUGGAAGAACAAUUGUCUGCACUAUCCAUCAACCUAGUAUUGACAUAUUUGAAUCAUUUGAUGAACUAAUCCUUCUAAAAUCUGGUGGACGCGUAAUAUACUGUGGACCAGUUGGCAAGCAUUCAAAAAGAGUAAUAGAAUAUUUUGAGGGUAUUCCUAAAGUUGCAAAUAUUAGGAAUAAUUAUAAUCCAGCAACAUGGAUGUUAGAAGUCACUUCUACGUCUGCAGAAGCCGAACUUGGUGUAGAUUUUGCUCAAAUUUAUAGAGAAUCUUCUAUAUACGAGAACAAUAGAGAUCUUGUAAAGCAAUUAAGCACUCCACAACCUGGUUCAAGUGAUCUUCACUUCCCUACUCGUUUUUCACAAAAUGCAUGGGGCCAAUUCAAAUCUUGCCUAUGGAAACUAAACUUGUCUUAUUGGAGGAGUCCUGAAUACAACUUGUUGCGUAUCAUGCAUACCUUUGUAUCAGCUCUUUUCUUUGGGGCACUGUUUUGGAACCAAGGAAAAGAAAUAUCAAACCAGCAGAACUUGUUCAAUGUAUUUGGUUCGAUGUACACUUCUGUGAUCUUCUUAGGCAUUAAUAACUGCACAACUGUCUUACAACAUGUGGCAACAGAGAGAACUGUUAUGUAUCGGGAACAAUUCGCAGGAAUGUACUCAUCAUGGGCUUAUUCACUUGCUCAGGUGGUUGUUGAAAUCCCAUAUCUUUUCACCGAGGCAGUGAUUUUUCUGAUAGUUACAUAUCCAAUGAUUGGGUAUUAUGUGACAGCAUAUAAGAUUUUCUGGUAUUUCUAUGGAAUUUUCUGUACAUUGUUGUACUUCAACUACCUUGGAAUGAUGCUAGUUUCUUUGACACCCAACUUCAACAUUGCUGCCAUUCUAGCUUCAGUUUUCUACACAUUGUUCAAUCUAUUUGCAGGUUUUCUUAUUCCUAAAAAGCAUAUUCCAAAGUGGUGGAUUUGGUUGUACUAUCUAAUGCCAACAUCAUGGUCACUAAAUGGUCUAUUAACUUCACAAUAUGGAGACAUAGACAAGGAAAUUGAAAUCUAUGGGGAAGUGAAAACAGUGGCUGCCUUCAUAAAAGAUUACUUCGGCUUUCACCAUGACCAACUACCUCUUGUGGCAGUUGUUCUCAUUGCCUUUCCCCUUCUGUAUUCAUCUCUCUUCACUUACUGUAUAGGACAAUUGAAUUACCAGAGAAGAUAAUUAGAGUGAGAGAUUAGAUUAUUUCUGAACACGUAAAUGUACAUAUUUUAGUAUUAAUUUUUAAUUCUUAUUGUUGUAAAACUUUUUUUUUUUGCGCUACAGUUCCUUCUCUGUUUUUGUCCUUUUUUUGGGGGGUGUUAUACAUGUUUGCAUAAUGUUGAGAGAGACUCUUACUAUGAUAUUUAUCUAUAGUUAAAUAACAUGUAGUGAUAAACAUAUUUAACUCAA